AUGUCCGCGGAUCUCUUCGCAGAGUUUAGCACAGACUCGAACACCAACCAGACUCAUCAGCCAAGUGCUCCUACUAACCCGCAGGCUGCGUCUACAUUCAACUUUUUCAAUGACUUGAACAGCCAGGCGGCAGCCACGGUUGCUCAAUCACAGCCGUCUGCAUUCACACAAACCUUCGGGCACACCACUUCCUUCUCAGCACAAACCGCAACAGAAGACAAUGCUGACGAUUGGGGUGACUUUGAGGGCGGAUCAAGCUCUGCAAAUCCCGCUCCACCUGCUCAACACGACCCAUUCGCAUUUGCCCCGAUUAUCAAGGCGAAGAAGCCAGCGGAUUCGAGCGUACUUUUCGAUGCUGAAGAAGAUCUCGUCGAUGACGACGACUUUGGCGAUUUCGAAGACUCGCAGUCGAAACCCGUUGCACCAGCGCCAUCAGCACCCCCACCACCACCACCAGGAGGCUCUUCAGCUCUAGUCGACCUGUUAGGAGACUUGGAAGUUUCACAACCUGCGCCUUCCACGCAAAGCAAAGCGAUCAAGGACGUAAAUGCGAGACCUAAACUAACGACAAGGAAGAGCCCCGUCGGAGGGUUUGGUGUUGCUUCCAAGGCCAAACCGCCAAAAGCUGCGCCUGUGCCAACAUCACAAUCUGAGGACGAUAGCUGGGACAUAUUCGAUGACUGGGAGGCUUCGAUACCCACCCCAGCUCCGAAGAAGUCUGAAGCGCCUAAGAGCACGCCAACCCCAACCAGCUCAGCGCCUGCACCUAUUCUAUCUCCCACCAUCGGCAAUAUAGCUCCUGAAGAACAACCACCCACCAACGUUCCACCACCCGGUGUCUUACUUUCGUUAUUUCCAUCGUUCUUCGCAGGUGCCCAGGAAAAGCUGUUCAAGCCCAUGGCUGCACAGACCCUUCCAAUGAGGAACAAGCUUCUUGCUGAGCCGGGUACGAUUGCCUACCUCCAAGGGUAUCUCAUGUUGGCGUCUGUUGCAGCACACAUUAUCGCAGGUCGAAAACUGCGCUGGAAGCGAGACCAGCAUCUCUCCCAAGGCAUGAGGAUUGGACCAGCGUCAUCUCGAGCUACAUCCGGGAUGAAGCUCACAGGCAUCGAUAAGGGCGAGAACCUGAAAGAAGAGAGGGAAGCUUCAGAUGUUGUGAGAGUAUGGAAGGAUCAGGUCGGGAGACUACGACAUGUGAUAUCUGGUGUCAAUCAGAUCAAGGCUGGUACUUUGGGUACAGCACCCGACUUGCAGGAAACCAUGCCUGUCAGAACGCUGAAACAAUCUGAAGGUGGUGUACCAGCGCGACAGCCGUGCAUGAUGUGUGGCUUGAAGAGAGACGAGAGGGUCACUGCAGUCGACAUGGCGGUUGAGGACAGCUUUGGGGAGUGGUGGAUUGAGCAAGUGAACAUGCAUCGAGGGUGCAGAAACUUUUGGAACGAACACAAGGACAAGCUUAGACAAUGA